AUGGGGGGCAACAAAAAACGACAAGAGACACCAUCAGUGGCCACGAAAUUCCGUGCCAAAGACAGGAGGCGGCGAUCUUUGUCCCAAGACCCAACGGACUCAGGCUCCGAAUCUAACGUGAGUGACUCCAUGGAGAGCCCGUCAAUCCCCCUCACUAAAGAGGACCUCCGGAAAAUGCUCCAGGAAACUUCCGAUGACAUCAAGGCCUAUACCACGGCUACUCUGGAAAAACAGAUCGCUGGCCUAAAAGAAGACAUGGAGGCCCUAGCCUCACGAACCAGCCACACUGAAAACCCGCUCUUGGAAACACAGUCCAGAACUGACACCCACGACUGGGACAUAGACACGCUAAAAGUCUUGUACCUGGAGGACGGCCUGGAAGACUUAACAACAGAUCCUGAAGGCAAAACAAACGAAUAA